AUGGACUCCAAAAACCUGGUCUUUAUGGAGAGUGCUAUCAUAAAAAAGAAACCCCUUUUGUUCCAGGAUGGUUUGGUAGAUUUCAGGGAGUAUAUGAUGGCCAUCAGCUUGCUCGUUGAAGGCUCAGCAGUGGAGAGGCUACGCUGGUUCUUCAAUCUCUUUGACAGAGAUGGAGAUGGUGCCAUCAUAAGGGAGGAGAUGCUUAGCAUUUUAUAGGCUGUUUAUAAGAUGAAUGAAACAUCAGGUUUAACAGAACCAAACGCCCUAAAGGCUGAUGAAUGCACUGACCAGAUAUUUUUUUUAUUUAGAUUAGACAAAGACAACAAUGCUGUAAUCAGUAUGGAGGAGUUCAUAGAGGGAACAUUGGAUGAUGAGUGGAUCAGAAAGAUGUUGGAAUGUGAUCCCUGCACAGUGAGGGCGGAUUGGCCCCUGAAGAGGGACUCUGCAGUGGGACUCAAUGAUUGACAUGAAUUUAUGUCUAUUCAACAACUUUGGAUUGAAAUUUCUAGAAAUAAAUUUGUUCUGAACUACUGUAUGAAUUCUUACUGUAUGUAAAGUACAAUACAAUACAUUUUUAUUUAUAGACACAAGAGAUAUUGAUGCCUGCAUUUAAUUGUGUAAUAAAUAAAAAAAAUGUGUUGGUAGUGCAUUGCAUAUGUAUUAUUAGUAUUAAUAAUAUUCUUGCCUGCAACGAACGACUGAUGUAAAAUGUUUAUACUAGGGUUCUACCAUAGAGAAAAAGCAACAUUAUAGAUCGGACAUGCACACAGUGCAAUUUUAGGGUUUACUAUUUUGUGAUUUUUGACCAACCAACCGCGCCCCAUCCUCACAUUUUUUUCUGACGUUGAUGGUACGCUGUUUCACAAUUUGUUUUGUUUAAAAAGACAACGCAAUCAUGUUUUAAGCACCCCUGAACUAUCUUAAUACGUAUGCCGAAGCAUUAUGACACUGUGUAAAGAUGAAGCUGUCUGAUGGUUUGUUUUUGUUGAAAAAACAUUUUAAUUAAAUAAACG